GGGUCAGGGUUGACAGUCUCUACACAGUCGUGGUUGAAGUGUGACGGCUAAGCUAACUGCAACCAUCGCAACUAGCUACAUGUGGAGGGUAAAACGGGAGCCAUCCCCGACCCCAAGUCUGUCAAAAUUUUGACGUUAUACUUAAAACAACGGCAAAGUUAAGCCUUAUCGAAAAUAAGGAUUAAUAUCUGUUUAAAAUGAAAGGUAGCCGGAUCGAGCUGGGGGAUGUUACCCCCCACAACAUUAAACAACUGAAACGCCUGAACCAAGUCAUCUUCCCUGUCAGCUACAACGACAAGUUUUACAAAGAUGUACUGGAAGUUGGAGAGCUUGCAAAGCUAGCAUACUUCAAUGACAUUGCAGUUGGGGCUGUGUGCUGCAGAGUGGACCACUCUCAAAACCAGAAGAGACUGUACAUCAUGACACUUGGUUGUCUAGCUCCCUAUCGUAGACUUGGAAUUGGUACAAAGAUGCUAAAUCAUGUGCUAAACAUCUGUGAGAAGGAUGGCACUUUUGACAACAUUUACCUUCAUGUGCAGAUCAGCAAUGAGUCAGCCAUUGACUUUUACCAGAAGUUCGGCUUUGAGAUCAUUGAGACAAAAAAGAAUUACUACAAGAGGAUAGAGCCUGCAGAUGCCCAUGUGUUGCAGAAAAGCCUGCGCAGUCCAUGUGCGCCACCCAGCGGAGAGCUUCAGAAGACGGAGUAGGGGCACAGCGUUAGGAAAAAGCGCAUGUUUGUGCCCGCCAGCACAGAAACCGAACUGUGACAAACACCCCACGGUCAACAGAAUUCAACAGUUUCUUCAGAGGACGCUAAAAAAAUCCAACAAAACAAAUUUCAUUAUACAAGUUGCUGCAUUUAUUUUGCAAAGGUGAUUUUUGCAUAAUUAAUUGCUCCCCUUUCAUUUUUCGGUUAAUUGAAAGCGGAAAAAUGCUCAGUAUCCAAAUUUGCUCCUAAUGACAAAAUGCCAACUUCAGACAGUUUUUGACAUGGUGGAGGGGGAGAUUGUGGUGAUUUCAAAUCAUACUGUUUGUGAUUGAGUUGUUUUUAUGCGGUUAUGAAACCUUGAGGGGACAUAUCUAUUUUGUUGUGCAAAAGGAAACAGUUGGUUUGAAGGACUAAAAAGUGUUUCAAAGACCUUCACUGACAGACACUCAGUCCAGGCCUAGUCAGUUCGGAGUGCUAUGUGGAGUUGUUCCAUGGAAUGGACACAAGUCUGCUCUCUGGCUACUCAAAAUCUGGAAUUGUCUUGAACUGGGUCAGACCAGUUGUUUUAUGUCCAGAGGGAAAGAACAGAAAUGUUCCCCUAAGUAUGGGCAUAAGGAACGCUGAAAGGUGUAGUGAUGGUGGGAAGACACUAUCACCACUCUUAUUUCCAUACUUCCUUACAAACUUGAUUUUCCAGCUAGUUAAUUUAAUUCCCCUCAACUGUUGUUUUUAUUUUUCACAUUGAGAUGGCAAAUGGUUUGGAGAUUCUCCUGGGUUUACUACUUAAAGUGAAAAGGGGUCUGAAAUGAGGGAACCAGACAAAAUGUUAUAAAGUGUUUCUGAAACGUACACUCCACAUCAUUUGUGUGGAAUGUAUUAAUAACAAUAGAUUGGCUGAAAUGAGUGAUUUGGGCAUUAUUUUGAAGUAAUUUGCUAAAGGUGUGGGAGCAUGUGUGUCUCUAAACACGUAGGAAGUUUUUUGAGACAAACACCAUAUGUAGCCAUCUAGGAACAAUUAUCUCAUUAAGCUUCCUAGCUCAGCCAGCUUCUGUUACAUCUUCAUUUGAUUUUGAAGCUCAGCUGAUAGCUUGGCAGUUUUUGUUGAAUUUCUCUUUAAUAUUGUAUUACCCAGAGGAAGCUCUAAUCCCUCUGCAUGCAAGGAGAGCUGUGUCCUCUCCAUUGUAGUAUAAGCAUGUUUUCCUUUGAAAAAUUUUAUCUUUUCUGGAGCUCUAUAUUGUAAGACUUUUUAACGUCUUAAUAAAGGAAUUACUAUUUGCAGUAAAAGA